AUGGAGAUCACAACGACCAAUGACAGUGAACACCAAUUAAAAACAACAAAGAGUAAGCAGCAGCAACUAAACAACAAAGGGGAUCUUCGCCGAGCAGCGCCAACAAUGAAGAAACGGACGGGAAGAGAACCAAACACGCAGCAGGCCGACGGCCGGGAGACUGACGACAGAAAUGACACCGGCAAGGAAACAACAAUAGUAACACGGGCUGAUGAUGAGCAGCAACUACAAUAA